AAGCUGAGCAGUCACUACAGAAAAUCCAAUAUGGUGUCCGUGUUUCAGCGGUUUACAUCGGAUGCCCGUAUUUCGAAGUAAAAUCGUAAUCCGGCAAACGCGGACUUUAGCGGUAAUUAUGAAAAUUCGAUUGAAAGCGUCGCGUCGCACGUAAAAGUUCUCAUGCUACUGCGUUUCGCGCACGACCAACAAACGUGAGAAAGAGAAAAGGAAAGAGAGAGAGAGAGAGAGAGAGAGGGAUCAGUGCCUCGAAGACAGAGUGGCGAGACCUUCUGUCUUUUGGUGUGUUAGAAUUUUGCGAAAUAGAAAAAUACCGAAAAUUCGAGAAUGGAAACUGACAAGGUGGAGGUUAGCGCGAAAGUGAGUGAUCCUGAGGCGGCGGCGAUAAAAAUUAAAGAGACGAAGCAGAACUCAAUAGCAGACGUUACGACGUUAGAUAUAAAGUCGCGACUCAGUUUAGAGACGACGACAGAAGCUCACAGCGAGCCUCGCGUCAACGGGGUAGCUCAAGUGAAUGGUAUCUGCGACUCUCCUCAAAGAACUACCGAUAUCGCCGAUCUUUCCCUACAAUCUGGAAUAAUGGGAACUAGUCAUUUAAACCAACAUGAACAAGCGAAAACAUUAGCUGUGGAAAGUAAAGACAACGAUAUCCAAUAUAUUAGUUAUACGAGCGAGUUGCAAAUGCCUGAUAUUAUGAAAUUAAUACAGAAGGACCUAAGUGAACCAUAUUCUAUUUACACAUAUAGAUAUUUUAUUCAUAAUUGGCCGAAAUUGUGCUUCCUGGCAAUGCAUGGUGACGAAUGUGUGGGUGCCAUUGUCUGCAAAUUGGACAUUCAUAGGAAGGUGAUAAAGCGCGGUUACAUCGCGAUGCUAGCCGUCGACGUAAAAUAUCGAAAACGGAAGAUCGGCUCGAAUCUUGUGAGACGAGCCAUUCAAGCGAUGGUGGAGGACGAAGCGGAUGAAGUGGUGUUGGAGACCGAAAUUACCAACAGACCAGCUCUACGUUUAUAUGAGAACCUUGGAUUUGUACGUGAUAAACGAUUAUUUCGAUAUUACUUAAACGGCGUGGAUGCGUUACGACUGAAAUUAUGGCUCAGGUGAAAUUCAUCUGCGUGCUUAUGUCAAUAGGUAUUUAAAUAAUUACAAUGUUGAAGAGAUGUAACAUCUAUGCUCUACUAUGUCAGACAGAAGAAGUAUAUGACAUUAAUGUCAAAGAGAUUAUAUAUACAUAUAUAUUUCCACACGCACAAACGUGUUUUCAGUUGCGGCGUCAGUGCGAUUUGCUUUCGCGAAAAAUUGCAAAUGAUAAAUCUCAUGAAAAGAUUUCACGAUGGUUUAUCCAAUUCUCUGUGUUUACUCGAUCGUCCAACUAAUGUAAGAACUUUACAUUGCGACAGGAAUAUCCUUAAAUUUAUCUUUACAAGCUAUCUUUCAACACCAAAUUCGUUUCUUUUAUCUCUAGAUGAAAAUCUACCCUAAUAGCCUACUGACAGUACAGAAUGUUGCACUAAUAUACAGGUCAGUGCGACGAGUAAAACAAUUUGCAACAUGCUUUUUCAUAUUUCUUUUAAUGGCAAAAAUGAGUGUAAUCUGUUAUAUCUAAGCUGAAUCUAUGUCCUGAUAUGCAUAUUUUUCAGCAGAGUGAAAAAUAUGUAACCCGUCACACUGACCAAUAUGUUGAUGCAUCACUUUGUACAUCUACUAAAAUCAGAAUCUUAAUAUAUGUAUAGAUAAAGAUAUUGUAUAAUUUGUUAAUAGUGCCUAACUGACUGUUAGUUAUUUUGUUAAUUUGCUGCAGUUCCUUUGAUAUUAAUGUCAAUGAAAGAGAUAGAUUUCAAUUGCAGCUUGAAGAUAUAAAAUUGAGGGGUGAUAUAGCAAGUGACAAAAUCGAGACUGUGAAAAGUGUACUGAAAAAUAAUCAAUGUUUGCUGCAUCUCACAUUGAUGAAGUGCACACCUUGAAGCAAUGUAUAUAUUCCUUAUAUUAUAAUUGACUCGCGUGAUCUUACAUCUUACAUCGGUAUUAUGUUACUACAAAUUGUGAUUCGAGUGUGUGACAAUUUUAUAUCCGGGGAAUAUCGUUACGUUUAUGAAGAUUGAGUGGAGAAAUUUAUAGGUUUAUCGCUCUCACAUCUCUAACCAUUUAAUUUAUUUGCUUUAAUCAUCUUAAUGUGGAAUAUAAUUUAUAAAAUCGCGUUAAUGUAUUUAAAAAAAAAGAAAGAGAACUGCUAUAUAUCGCAUAUUGUAGACAGCUGUCGCGUGAUGUUGCAUCAAGUGUACGAUUUUGUCAGUGUGAACGGCAGUUUAAUAGAAAAUAAAACAAAGUCCGACAAAGAGAGGACGGUGGAAACCUCUAGAUAAAAUAUUCCCGAUUAAAAUUGUAAAGUGAUAUACGGAAAUAUCGAUAUUUAUAUAUUAUAUUAAACGACGGACACGCAAGAGAGGGACAGAAGAAAAAAAAAUAAAUUAUCGUUUACGAAAUUGAAAUAUUUCGAAGGAAGUACGUCUCGCGACGCGAUUGAGCGCGAAGAGCCGUACGCAUUAUUGUCUACCUAUUAUAUCUAUCUUUGUAUAAAAUAAAUGCGAAGCACAGAUCACACAUAAUAUACCUAUUAAAAAAAUGUAAAAAAUGUUAAUAAAAAUGCAUAAAUGUUUUUA